AUGGUGUUGUCUAUUGACGUGUCAUACUUUGUGGCUUGCUCUCGAAUUUUUCGUGGUCAGAGCCCGCCCGCGGCCACGAGCAGGCUCUUUGGGAGCAGAAUCAAUGCCGAGGAUGACAUUAUGCCCAAAGUGACCUCUGAGAGCGCGAGCGGGCGUGGUUUGAUCAAUUUGAUGCUGUUUUCAAAAAUUUCGUUCUCGCUGUUGUUGAUGUUUUUCACAUUUGUACUACAGGAUCACGGGAACAGCGGGAACUCACUCGGCACGGAAGAACUAUGGUACAAGUCACGUGACGAUAAGAUAAGGAAACGAUCAGUGGAGCACAGGACGGGACGCUCAGUGAUCAGUUGGCAUUGCCAACUGAUCGAAAAACAUCAACAACAGCGAGAACGAAAUUUUUGA